UCCGCCAGUUCACUUCCGUGUUUACAAUCUGCAGACGCGACCGAAGCUCAUGGCUUUCAUCCGGAGGAAGCAGCGCGUAAAAGAAAGGUUUUCCCUGCUGUUGCUGGAUCUAGAGGAACAUUAUUUUGAACAACACACAGCAUAUAAUCUGACCGGCAGAUGUCCAGAGGCGAACAGACGCAGUAGAGGCUCAUUAAAAAUCUGUUCCAAAUCAGUCAUCUACGAGCCGGAAGAUGCUCUUGAACCUAUUUUAAAGAUUCCUCUAAAAGACUGCAGAGGGAUAGAGGCGGAGGAGGAAACGGACAACAAUCCAUUUAAAGAAAGUAAACCUGCUCGUCUUCUUAUCGAAACCAAACAGAUUUAUCACAUUAAAGAAGGAAAUGUGGUUGCUCCACAUAAAUAUGAGAGGGGAGAUAAAAAGAUUAUAUUCCAACUGGAAGAGUCCAGUAAAACCGAAGACGUUGUUCAAAUCUUACUGCAGUUACACAGAGCAUCAUGUCUGGAUCAUUUGGGUGACCAGACGGCUAUGAUCGCUGCAAUCCUGCAAUCCAGGUUGGCGAGAACAUGCCUCGAUAAAAACAGUUUUCAGCACGUGUUUGAGCAGCCAAACAUGGAAUGUGUAGCCGAGAUGGUUUCACCGCUGGUGACCAACGCCGGUCACGUCUGUAUCACAGAUCAGAAUCUAUACUUCCAGCCUCUGAACGGAUAUCCCGAUUCAGUGGUGCUGAUCGAGUUGCAUCAAAUAAAACGCAUCUAUAAACGAAGGCACGGGCUGAGGCCUCUGGGUCUGGAGGUGUUCUGCACGGAGAACGAUCUGUGCUCGGAUAUCUACCUGAAGUUUUACAACACUAAAGACAGGGACGAGCUUUACUACUACAUCGCGACGUUCCUUGAGAAUCACAUGACGGAGCACACGGCCGAGAGCUACAUGCUGCAGUGGCAGAGAGGUCUGAUCUCCAACUAUCAGUACCUUCUUCAUCUCAACAACUUGGCGGACCGCAGUGUGAACGAUCUUUCCCAGUAUCCCGUGUUUCCGUGGGUCUUGAGCGACUACAGCAGCGCACAUCUCGACUUACUGAAUGCUGCUUCAUUUCGAGAUCUCGGAAAACCCAUCGGAGCUCUGAACACAGAGAGGCUGGAGAGAUUACUGGAACGUUACAGAGACAUGCCCGAUCCAAAAUUUGUGUACGGCAGUCAUUACUCUUCACCUGGAUAUGUGCUGUUCUACCUCGUAAGAGUCGCUCCAGAACACAUGCUGUGUCUGCAGAACGGACGCUUCGAUCACGCCGACAGAAUGUUUAACAGUGUUGGAGAGACAUGGAAGAACUGUUUGGAGGGCGGCACUGAUUUUAAAGAGCUGAUUCCUGAGUUUUACGGGAGUGACAGCAGCUUUCUGAAGAAUCUGCUGAGCUUGAAUCUGGGCAGACGGCAGGGAGGAGGUCGAGUUGGAGAUGUAGAACUUCCAGCGUGGGCGUCAGAUGCAGAUGACUUCCUGCAGAAACAGAAUGCAGCGCUGGAGAGUCAGUACGUGUCUGAACACCUUCAUGAGUGGAUCGAUUUGAUCUUUGGCUACAAACAGAGAGGAAGUGAAGCUGUGGCGGCCCACAACGUGUUCCAUCCGUUAACAUAUGAGGGAGGAGUUGACUGUGAUAGCAUCGAGGACCCUGAUCAGAAGAUCGCCAUGUUAACUCAGAUUUUGGAGUUUGGACAGACGCCGCGGCAGCUCUUCACCACUCCUCAUCCUCAGAGGAUCACGCCACGCUUUCACAACCUGUCAGCGACCUCCAGCCUCAGCAGCAGUGAGUUUUCACCAGUAUCGCCCAGCAUGGAGUCCUUUGAGGACCUGACGGAGGAGAGUAAGAAAAUGGCCUGGAGUAACAUGAACAAACUCAGACUGCAAUCCUGUCACAAACUACACAAAGAGGCAUUAACAGGCAUUGCUAUGACCCUCGGUGGAGAGUGGAUCUUCUCAACAUCUCUAGACUCUACACUGAAGAUGUUCUCCAAAGAUGGUGUCCUGCACAGAAGUGCGUCAUUGUCCAACAUGGCUCUUUCCUCCUGUCUGAUGUUGCCCGAGGAUCAGAUCGUCGUCUGCUCUUCAUGGGACAAUAAUGUGUAUUUUUACUCCAUAGCGUUUGGAAGACGUCAGGAAACAUUAAUGGGUCACGACGAUGCGGUCAGUCACAUGUGCUGGAGGAAUGAUAAACUUUACACGGCAUCGUGGGAUUCCACUGUGAAGAUCUGGAAGUGUGUAGCUGCAGAAGUUUCCAGUAAUAAAAGGACUCAGUUCGAUUUUUUGGCUGAAUAUGAGCAUGAGGCUGGGGUUAAUACAUUAGACCUCAGUCUCGCCGGCACACUCUUGGCGACGGGCACUAGGGAAGGAAUCCUCACCGUUUGGGAUGUCAGCAGCCCUUUGCCCCUCCAUCAGCUCACCUGCCAUUCCGGAAACAUCCACCAGGUGGCCUUCAGUCCCGACGGUCGACACAUUCUGAGUGUUGGUGAGGACUCGUGUUUGGCUGUUACAGAUGUACAGACAGGGAUGCUCAUUUCUACUGUACAGGCGGAAGAAGAACAGAGGUGUUUUCUGUGGGACGGCAGCACUGUGUUGACCGGAGGACUGUCAGGAAACCUGACCGUGUGGAACCUUCUGAGCAGUAAAGUCAUUCAGAAGAUCCCAGCUCACUCGGGUGCAGUUACGUGUAUGUGGAUGAAUGAGCAGUGUAGUACCAUCAUCACAGGUGGAGAAGACCGACAGAUCAUGCUGUGGAAACCCCAGUAUUAACACACACACGUUUCCAUUAUAUUCUUUGAGAAACAGCCCCACAGAGUGCAGUUUAUUUCAUCUGUGUCUUUUCAUGGGCCAGUUUUAAUCUGGGGAGAAGUUCUCAAUAAUAACCGCUUUUGGUCAAGUUUAUUUAUAAAAGAUUUAUGACAUAGGUACCUGCGUUUUAAAUGACACGAAGCCCUAAAACAGUGAACAGGGCCAGAAUUCUUACACAUCGGACGACAUUUUUAUCAACAUUUUACUUUAUUUUUAGAUCUACUGAGUGAGCUCGGUUUAAUGGCUGCUGUUGUCACAUCCUAUUUCCAUUCAUUUCUUUGCCUCUGAUUCAUCAAAGUAUAAAAACACAUGUAUUACAUUUAUCAGAUAUUAUACGUAUGCAACUCUGACAUAAGUGCAAACAAACAAUUCAUGUAAUGCUUCAAAGGCAGUCGCUUCACAGUUGUAUAUUAUAAAUAAUCAACGGUAGUUUAUCAUACGAGCUUGCAUACAUUUUAAAGUAAACACCUUCAUUAGAGUUGACUGAGCAAUCUGUUUUUCUGCUUUAUUAAUAUCACUGACGCUUGCAGGUGAAUAUUACAGUAACAUUGCUGUUUUUCUUUAUGAUUUUUGUUUGUUUGUUUGGUUAUAUGUAAAACGUCAGUUGAACAACAAUGCACACAACAUUGAGAAUCUGUCAGUAAGUGGGUUUACAAGCAAUUUUUGCAUAAUAAUUUCCUAGUUUGAUGAUUUUAUGUCAUGUACAAUCGUUGCCGUUUUUCAGCCUUUAUCAUUUGAUGGGAGUUUUUAAUGUGCCUUUGUUUUCAAUCAUUUGACAAUUGCUUUUAAUGCCUGCUCUAGAACUACACUCAGCCAUAAGACUUACAGAAUAUAUACAUACGUAUACCGAUUAUAUAUGAGAGCAUUAUGAAAGAUUGAACACUUUUGUAACAUAAGAUGUACAAAGACAAUAUCAGCUUGACAUGUUAUAGGUGCACUCUGUAUAUAGGAAUAAUUUUAUAUUCACACAUUAUUUAUAAAUGAAUGGCUUGAGAAAUCGCUCUUCAGUGAAGAGCGCUUGUGUUAGUAUGCGUGUUAUUCAUGAAACAUGUUCAGACAUAAGGUUAAUAGUACGAUUAUUCUGUCACACGUCACCAUAAGGGAUGUCUCCAUAUAUAACCGGUUUCCGUUCUCUGUGUGUAAUUCAUUUGUUACUCCUGUGUUUCUUUUUGAAGCCUCUUGGAAGAAAAGCCGGACUUAUAAAAAAGUUUGCAAAUGCACUAUUGUUAAACGUAAGUUGGAUUGACCUGUGAUUUCUGUUAAAAGUUCAGUUUUUUUCUUGUAUUAAAUAAUUACAUAACAACGACA